GAACCUACAUCAUUGACUCAGCUUACUGAUGCAAAAUCCAACCCACAUCAAACGCUACAUCUAGAAUUUGCAAAUGACCUACCAGAAUACCCCCAAACUGAUUUGAAUGGGUAUACUUAUGUUAUUGCUGCUGACAUGUUGUCACAAGAAGAGGCAGAACACUUGGUUACAAAUGUAAAUCUUCGCAUGCUACAUCAUACCCAUGUAAAUGAUGAAAUGUGGUCUAAAAUUCAGGCUGCACGAAAGAACAUUGAAUUGAUUGAGAAAGAUGUCUGCAAAAGAAAUGCCUAUAGUCUUUACCGAGCUAGAAAAGCUUUUUUUACAAAGCAGCAGCCAUGCCUUGAGUCACUUUCAAGCUGUGCACCCCAAUUCAAAAGAAGUAUCUAUCCAGAUGUGAAUGGUGAAUAUCAUCCAUAUGUUGGAUGUGUAAAUCAGGGAUCAGGCUUUCUCCAGAAACACUACUCUAGCUCAGUUAAAGGUCAUACUAGUAUUGAUCUUGAGUUUCUAGAGCAGUUAUUCAAUGAUCUGAUUAUGCCAUCUCAAGAAGACUGUGGUGUGAUUGAGCCAUUAACAUCACGACGAAAAUUUUGUGUCAAUAUUGAGGCAACACCUUAUAUCCUCUUCACCUCUCAUGGUAUUCAUCAGCACCCUCCACCUCCACCUCAUAGACCACCAGAGCUAGUUAUGAAGGGGAUUCAAAAAGUGAUAAGGCAGAUGAGAAAUCCCAGCUUAACUUUAGCCCAAUUUAUUCAGAGUCCAGAGCUGGAGUCAUUCUGUCAACAGUAUGAUGCAUAUUCACUAGCUGAAAUCCAUGCAUCAUUCUCAAAUGUUGAUCGAAUCUCUGCAAUUAUUCAAAAGCAACGCCUUAUGACCUACCCAGCAGGCCAACACUUUAAUGGGGUUAUAUAUCUAUGUAAUACUGAUCCUUUCAUAAAGGAUUACAUCCAAGAAAAGUUCUAUGAUGCUGGCCAAGUUAUGAUUAUCUGUGGCUUUAAAGAACAGAUACAGCUUCUCAAUACAUUGAAUUCUUUUGAGAUUGACAUGUCAUAUAAACGGAUUCGAGAAAAAGGGAUGAAUGAGGUUGUAUUUGCAACCUACUUGCCUUCACAUGGAAAAAUCAUUACACUUCUCCGAGUUUUCACCAACCAGGAAUCCACUGAAGGCUAUUAUCUUCUAUUUAAGAGGGCUUUCACUCUAAUAGAACAUGUAACUGGCAACCCAGUUGAAUUUUAUUCUAUUCAUUCCACUGGAAUUCAUGCUGUCAUAGUUGAUAUGUGUCCAAAGCAGUAUACAGGUCUUGGAAAAUACCUACAAGAGAUUGAUCCUCUCCAGCGUCCAAUACUAUGGCAAUUACAGGGAAUUAUAAUAUUUUGUCGAGUUCACUUUUUUCGCACAAUCACUGAGGCAGUUGGCUGUAAUGAUAGAGGUAUAGGAGUUUGGAGUCGAAUGGCUUCUUUGAUUGACUGCAAAUCUGAAGAUGACUAUGUUCAGCUAUGUGAGCUAUUAAUUGCCUAUGAGAAUACCAAAGUUCAGGACUGGGCAGUGCAUAAAAGGCAGCCAGUUAUCAAAGCUGGGCUUAAUAAGCACUGCUCAAAUAUCCCUGAAUUUAUAUAUGAUUCUAUAAGAAAUCAUACCAAUUCUGCAGAGCAAUCUCAUCAUAAGGCAAAUGCAGGUGGUAAGAGACUCACAUUGACAGGCAAUUCGCAAGUAUUACUUAUCUCUUUUUUAUCCAGUUCUGCAAAGCUUGACAAACAAGAUAUUCUGCAAUAUAUUAAUCGCAGUGAACUUGGUAUCCGUCAUACUUAUCAGACAACAAAUUUGACAACCAAUUAUCUGCGGCAUUCAACCCGUGAAGAAUCUCUCAAACGUCAGCGUUCUGAAUCAGCCUCUCAGGGUGCUUCAUCUAGAUCAAUCUCUACUUCUUCUCAGGGUCGCCAUCGUGUUUUGAGAAACACAUUAUCUUUUGAAGAGCAACGACAGGCUCUUGAAAUUAAGGAGCGAGAAAUGCAGCUUAAAAAAGAAGAGGAAGAGAUUAGGAAAUUACAGCUUGAAAAUGAAGAAAGGGAACUUGAAUUAAUGGAAAGACGUGCAAGGAUGCAGGAGAGUAGUUAA